GGCGGCAACAGCAACACAGGAAAUUCUAGCCAGCUGGUGGUUGCCUUGCAGAAAAGGCCCGGGCUGCCUCUCUCUCUCUCUCUCUCUCUCUCUCUCUCUCUCUCUCUCUCUCUCCCCGUGUGUGGGCGGGGGUGGCAGCCUUAUGGAUUUAGUCAAAGCUGGGAGGGAGUGCAUGGGCUGGGCUUUUUCUCCCGCUUGGCCCAUGGUGACUCCCGGUCUGGCCUGCCGUUGGUUAUUAUGGAUUCAAUCAUUAUUCAGGAGCGAUUAGUCGAGCGGCUGCUUUCUCCCAGGACCCAGACCCAGCGAAGCCACUCAGCCAAGCUGAAGGUACAAGGGUAUAUUUAUAGUAAUAGCCGAGAGCUGGAGAGAAGGAGGAGGGGGUGGGUGCACAAGAAUGGUGCCUGAGGAGAAGCAGUUAGCCACAGAAGAGACUUGCCAAGGGCAGAGGAACAGGAGGAAGCCGGUAAGGAGGCGAAGGCAGAGCGUGAGAGAUCAGGGGAGGGGAAAAGGGGGCCAGAAUCUGCGAGAGGCUGCGGUGGGUUAUAUAAAAUGCAAACCACAAAACAAAACACCAGCCUCUUUUCUGUGCUGUCCUCCCAUCGUUGCCGCUCACAUCAGUGGAAGCCAGAAGGAAAACACACUGAUGUACACAUGCUGCCUUUUGUGGGUGUCUGAUUUGGGGCUGACGUCUUGGAUAGGGUACCAUUUCAUUAGACAAUAUGUUUGUUUGAAUGCACAUUUGCAUGUGUGUCUUGGGCACCUGGCGUUUGACCCACUUUGGACCGAUCAGCGCUCAGUCGCUGGACCGCCGGUGUGCAGACAGCUGGGGGACUGUGAUGUGUGAGUUUCUGAUUCAGUAGGGGGUCAUUUGGGGUGCGUGCGCCCAGGGAGUCUGCUUUUAUGCUAACUCUAGACAUGGAUGUCCUCCGUCGUGCCGAGUCAAACUGCAAGAUGCACAUGAUGAAGACGAUUUUGCUUUGGGCAGGGAAUUCAGGGGAAGACAGCGAAUAAAUUUCGUGCCCUUUCUUUUUAGCCUAGGAUGCUAUUGCGCCCGACAGAGGGAGCCAGCCAGAGUCAGGCCUGAGUUGAGGAUCAGUGCCCAGGCGAAGGCUGGAGCCACAAUCUGUUACUGUUUCGUUACUUCUGAAUUUUCAUUUCCAAAGCUUGCCUUUCAGGGGAGAUGCCCCUCCCAACAGUACCCUGUCCGAGACAGAUGGCAGGGACGUAGAGUUUGCAUUCUGGGUCUCUUGGGAAGGCUUCCUCUUCUAUUGCCUGCCGUCCAAAGCUUUGAGAAGAAAGGAGGAAGUAGGCAGUGUGACAAAGGGGGCAAAGGCUCCUUAAUAUCCCCUCCAUUAAUUCACAGGACCUGACUUGUACUGAGUCAGACCACAGGUCCACCUAGUUCAGUACAGUCUACCCUGACUGGCAGGGACACGAGUGGCGCUGUGGUCUAAACCACUGAGCCUCUUGGGCUUGCCAAUCAGAAGGUCGGCGGUUCGAAUCCCCAUGCUGCUCCCAUUGCUCUGUUCCAGCUCCUGCCAACCCAGCAGUUCGAAAGCACGCCAGUGCAAGUAGAUAAAUAGGUACCACUGCAGCAGGAAGGUAAAUGGCAUUUCCAUGCGCUCUGGCACUCAUCACGGUAUCCUGUUGUGCCAGAAGCGGUUUAGUCCUGCUGGUCUCAUGACCUGGAAAGCUGUCUGUGGACAAAUGCCAGCUCCCUCAGCCUGAAGUGAGAUGAACGCUGCAUCCCAUCGUUACCUUUGACUGGACUUAACCAUCCAGGGGUCCUUUACCUCUUUUUUUACCUUUACCUUUACAUUGACUGGCAGCAGCUCUUCAGGAUUUAAAGCAGGGGUUUACCUAGAGAUGCUGGGGAUUGAACCCAGGACCUUCUGCAUUCAAAGCAGAUGCUCUUCCACUGAGCUAAGACCCUCCCCCUAUUCAUUUUAUGCACUGACUGGUAUUGCCCCAGCAGGAGACGAACUUUCCCCUGCUGUCUGUCCUUCCAAGCCCAUAAAAGUUAACGCCUAACUGUUUUAUGGCAUUCUUUGGUGGUGCUGUGGCUAGAGAGUUUAUGGAGUCUCCUUCCUUUUUAUGUUUAUUUUUAUAACAUGCAAUUAAUUUUGUGGAAUUUGCUGCCACUAGAUUUGGUGGUAAACCACCAGUUCAUCUUAGAAGGCUUUCAAAGGGGCCUGGAGCCUCCGGUCCUCAGAUGUCCUUCGACGACAUCUCCCAUCAGCCUCAGCAAACAGGGUCAGUGAUGCAAGGGAUGAUGGCAGUUGUAGUCCAACAACACCUAGAGGGCCAUAAGCUCCCUCUCUGAAGAACAUAAGAACAACCUGCUGGAUCAAGUCAGUGGCCUAUCUAGUCCAGCAUCCUGUUCUCAUAGUGGCCAAGCAGAUGCCCCCAUGGGAAGCUUGGAAGCAGGUCCUGAGUGCAAGAACACUCGGCCCUCCUGUAGUUUUGAGAAAAACUGGUACAGUGGUACCUCGGUUUUUGAAUGUUUUCGUUGAUGAACAUUUUUGAACCCGGACGUCCAAAACCCGGAAGCAAAUGCUUCCAUUUUCAAACAUGCCUCGGAAGUUGAAUGGCUUCCGCUGCGUAUUUUUUAAAUUAAUAAUAGUAAUAAUAAUAAUAAUAAUAAUACUUGUAAUAAUAAUAAUAAUAAUUUAUUAUUUAUACCCUGCCCAUCUGGCUGGGUUUCCCCAGCCACUCUGGGCGGCUUCCAACUGAAUAUUAAAAACAAUACAGCAUGAGACAUUAAAAACUUCCCUAAAAGUAAAAUAGUUGUUUAUUGCCUUGACAUCUGCUGGGAGGGCGUUCCACAGGGCAGGCGCCACCACCGAGAAGGCCCUCUGCCUGGUUCCCUGUAACCUCACUUCUCGCAGUGAGGGAACCGCCAGAAGGCCCUCGGCACUGGACCUCAGUGUCCAGGCUGGAUGAUGGGGGUGGAGACGCAAGCAGGAGAUAACUAGAGCAUGCACCACUCUGGCGAGACAGUCAGCAGGCAGGUAGGGUCUCAGCCUGCGUACCAGAUGGAGCUGGUAAACAGCUGCCCUGGACACAGAAUUUUCAAUUUUUCAAUUUUCUCAAUUGAAUUUGCUGACAGCCCUUUGCCUCUCGGUUUUCAAAUGGUCUUUUGGAAUGGAUUACAUUCGAGAACUGAGAUACCACUUUAUGCAGGAGCACACUGCUUCUGGUAGUAGAUAUCAACGGAUUAGACAAAUUCAUGAAGAGAACACGUCAACUGAUGCCUGCCAUGUUCAGAGGCGGGAUGGCUCUGAACGCCAACUGCAGGAGAGCAACAUCAGUAGUAGGUUGUUGCCUUCCUGUGGGCUUCUCAGAGGCAUCUGGUUCUGUCUACUAUGGGGAACAAGUGUUUGGACUGGAUCUGCUUGCUCUGAUCCAGCAGGACUCUUCAUGUGUUCUUAGUGGGCUUCAGAUACAUUUGUGAUACAUCUGUUGAUGGUGCUAUUGAAUGAAACCACAUUAGGCUAGAGGGAUUGCAACAGGGCAGGAUUGGGGACCUCUGUCUACCGGGGUCCACUGUCCCUCAGACCUUAUGGGGGGCUGGACUAUUUUUUUGGGGGGGAGGGGGAAUGAACGAAUUCCUAUGCCCCACAAAUAACCCAGAGAUGGAAUUUAAAUAAAAGGACACAUUCUACUCAUGUAAAAACAUGCUGAUUCCCGGACCGUCCUCAGGCCAGAUUUAGAAGGCGAUUGGGCCAGAUCCAGCCCCCAGGCCUUAGUUUGUCUACCCAUGUUCUAAGCAAAAGCAAAAGACCCAUGUUAGAGUAUAUGUUGCAACUAGGACCAGGGCCUUUUCAGUACUGGCCCAGACUUGGUGGAACGCUCUGUCACAAGAGACUAGGGCCCUGUGGGACUUGACAUCUUUUCGCAGGACCUGCAAGACAGAGCUGUUCCGCCUGGCCUUUGGUUUGGACUCUUACGUUUCCCUCCCCUUAUGGUUUUGAUCUAUGGGCCACUUUUAAAAUGAGGCUGCAUUUUAAAUAGCAUUUUAACCCGUAUUUUAAAUUGGUCCCCCCCCAUUAUGUUUUUACUGUAAUUUUACUGGUGUUAGCCACCCUGAGCCUGGGGAGGGCGGGGUAUAAAUAAAAUUUAUUAUUAUUAUUAUUAUUAUUAUUAUUAUUAUUAUUAUUAUUAUGUUUUGCAAGCAAAAUGGACCCAGGUUCAAUGCCCAGUGUCUCUCGGUAGGCCUGGGAAGGGGCCCUGCUGAAAUCCUGGAGAUGCUGACAGGAGCACAGGAAGGCCAGACUAUUGGUCCAUCUAGCUUCACAUUGUCUACACACUGGCUGGCAGCAGUUCUCCAGGGUUUCAGGCCCGGGGCAUUCCUAGCUUGGAAUCGAGCCUGGGACCUUCUACCCUGCCCCUAAAUGGACUACUGUUUCGAUUCUGCAUUAGGCAGCCUCUUAACCCACAGCCAAGGGUUCAACUGGGCUCCACAGGUUCUUCUUUUUGACUCAGGGUUUUUUUUAAUGCAAUUGUUAGAUCCAUCUGUAGUGUCUGUUUGCCAAGUCCCUUUGUUUGUGUUCCUCAAACUUUGGGACCAGGGAGGGAGAAGAAAAGAUGGACGGCAAAAACUGGGUUGACUCCCUGGCUGAGAAGAUGUUGGAAUAGCAGUUCUUAAAUGAGGAUGGAGGUGGUUCUUCUUGGGAGAAAGAAGCCUCUGUGUGUAUCAAGAGCAGAAAGCAGCUGGGAGGACCUCUUUAGAUUUACCACGAGCAAUGAAUGGGGUAUUCAGAGGGUGCCUUGUUGAGUAGAGCUGGAAUUCCAUUGACACAAGCAGGCCCACGAAUCUCCUGGCCUGUCACCCCUGGCCAACAGGAAGUGGUCUGCCUCGUUCUGGAGCCAAUGUAAACAUGGAGGGCUGGGUGGGUUUGAGCUUCACAUUUUAGCCCUCAUGCCCUGUCAGAGGCAGAUCACUUCUAAUUACCAGUUGCUGGGACUCACAAGUAGGCCUGGGUGAUGUAUCAACGCCACCCAUGAGACAAGGUGAGGUGGAUUACUUUGGGUGGUGAGAUCCACAGAGGCAGCAGAUCCUGCCUCCAAAGCUGCCUCUACAGCAGUCUUUUGGUGAAUAGGAGGCGCUGCAGGCCUCCUCCCGCCAACUUAAAUAAAAUAUUGGGGGUGGGAGGUAUGCCCUGUCCCAAGUAAUCAAUCUCAAAACACACACCUACACCGUUUAAAUGGCAAUUCCCAUCAACUGUGAGGGGCCUUGGCCCCCUCAGAUAUUUUAUUGGGGGAGCUGAAGGAAUCUCAGUCCCUCCUAUGUCUCCCACCCUCGUUCCCGACAUAGAUCUUUAUUCCCCCUCUCUUCUUCCUGAUGUAGAUCUUCACUCACUCCUUCGUCCCUGGCAGGGAAGGAGGCAGGGGGCGCCAUUUUGUGGUGCCAAAAUGUCUUGAGCUGGCUCUGGUGUCUUGCUCUGCGUUCUUAUAUUCUGAAGAAACAGUUAACCCAGAUGUGAAUUCUGGGCAGAAAAAGAGUUAUGUAUAUCAGUUUCAAUGAGUCUACUCUGAGCAUUGGGUACAGCGUGUGGACCUCCCAUAAUAAGCAUUUGGUUGGCUGCUGUGAGAACAGGAUACUCUGGUCUAGAUGGGCCAUUGGCUCGAUCCAGCAGAGCUGUUCUUAUGUUGAUGGUGUGAGGCUCUCUGAAGCACAGGUUGACUAGCGUUGACUAUAAUCAAAGGUCUGCCAUGGAGCUGGUGUGUGCAGGGAUGUUGAGGGCCGGACUUGUGUGGACACACCCCUGCUCCCUCCCCACACAGACCAGUUAUCUGAAACUCUGGAGGACUGGGUGCCUGGGUUCUAGCUCAGCGGGUUCCUUCUGUUGAAGCAGGAACUGUGAGUCCUGGGGACAGUGUUGCUUUUCUUCAUAACUCCUCCUAAUAGCGCAGGAAGGGUACCAAGUCCCAUGUCCCUCUGGGGAGCUUGCUAUGUGUGCAAUUUGCAGCAGGGUGCCCUGUGCCCUCGCAUCUCAGGCUGUGGGUGGCUGGGCACUUUAUUUUUAGAAGUUUUAAAAGGAAUUUUUCGUUUUUUACUUUUAGAGGAAUGGAGGCAACCUACAACCCUCGGAUCACCUUGUGAGUACUUCUUUUUUUAAAAACAGUGUGUUUCCAUGCAGAUGUUUUUGGGAUGUCCCAUUAAAAAACCCAACCAGAAAUGGACUUUUAUCCCAUAUUUGCACCAGGCAUGAUGCCACUUUAAUCACCAAAACUCCACCCCCUCAAAGAAUAGUUUGUUGGGUCCAUCUAUCCUUAGAGCCAGCAAAGGGGAAAGUGUUCCAUAUAUUAACUUAUACAAAGGGCAAAAUGAGGCAACCUUGAUCUAAAAAAUAAAUAAAGUAAAACUGUUGUUGACAUUAAUUUGAAUGCAUUCCGGGCCUUUUUAAAGGGAUUAUGUUGGCUUUGGUCAUUUUCCACCAGUGUUUUGUUAAUCGUCUUGAAUCCGUUUGGAGAAAUGGAUAGGAUGGCAAUUCUUAAAAGGAAAACAGCUAUUAUUAAAGGCCUUUACAAUGUAAAUGACAAAUGUGUGUUUGUGUGUAACCCACAUCAGGACCCUGCUGUGUUAUGUUGGGGGAGGGCAGUAGGGGGCUUUAACCUUUUGUAGUCCUGAUCUGAAUCUUCAAAUUUAGGGCAGAAUCCAAUAGAGUGGAACCACUAGUGCAAGGCCUUUGUGCAACAAUGGUUUACUGACAUUUGCAUUUAACUGUUUUGCUUUAUUUCUAACUGUUUUAUGCUUUUACUGCAUGCUUUUAUGUUUCUAUUGCUGCAAAGUGUAUAUUUUUAUGAUACAGAAGUCUACAAAUAGUUUUAUAAAUAAAUAAACAAACUUCUCUCCCCUCUCUUCUCUCUGCCCACCCCCUAAAUCUGUUCGGGUGUGUGUGUGUUCCCCAAUCCUCUGGAGCCUAUUUGGGGAGGUGGGCUUGUGUAGAGAGAGGAGAAGGAACUCAAAUUCCAUUGCACAAGUGGACAUCCUUUCAUUUGCAGAUCUAGUUGUUUGGAUAGCAGCCUCACCCCCCCCCCCAAAAAAAACCCCAUUCACCCAGUUGCCAAUUCCAUGAACGACUUUUCAUCUUGCUCCACCCCGGAGACUUCUUUAAACUCUGCACUCGCUUAAAACAUCUACUUAAAGAAACACUUUAACUUCUCAUUCACCAGCUACAAGCGACCAUCACGCUAAUGUGGAACGAGAGAAUCAGGAUUAAUCCAUCUUUCUCCCAAGCUUGGCAGUGCAGCAAGUAUUUCAUUAAGAAAGCGCUUGUCCGUCCACCAUCCAUCUAAUGUUCUACUUCGGAAGACACUGAGAAAUGACCAGCCCUGUGACCCAUCUUCCUUUUAAUUAUUUUCACUGGCGUUUAAAAUUUAAUCAUGUAGAUUAAUCAUGUAGAUUAAUAUUUCUAAUUAAUAUAUCCAGGAAGUCAGUAUCUCUGUAGUACUAAGAACCAUGUUCUGCCAGGUCUCGGCGGUUGUCAGGCAAGGAAUGUCCAGGGUGAGAAACUCACUCUUCAUUGUCAAAAAUACAACUACAAGUUUUGAAAAGGCAUGUCCAUCAGUCCUACAUUUCUCAGCUGCUCCUGGGUGUAUCUCUGAUGAGGCAGUUGCCUCAACAGAGAGGCCCCAACCCUGACCUCAGCUUAUCAUGAAUUUCAUUUCAAUACCACUUUACAUUUUUAAGAAAAAGCUCAAAGCAGUUUACAAUGCACUGAAACAUCAAAUAAAACAAUCCAGAAUAUAACAGAUAUAAAGUAUACAUUCAGAGCAUUCAACAGGACGCUCCUGAAGAUUUCAAAAUAAAUCAUUACAAAGGAGAUCGACUGCUGCACAGAAUGCACAUUUAACAAAAGAAAUACCUUAAACAUUUCAAAAUAAAACAUUACUAUAGGAAAUCAAAUAUAAAAUAAAAACAGCAUAACUAACAAGAGAGUAAAAUACCAUAACGUAUCAGCUACUGUUGCUGCCAAUCCUGCCAAUGGUGGUUCAUGGCGGGUGGCAGCUGUAGAAGCUCAGGGUCGAUGACCUGGGUCUGCACUAAGUGACAGGCAAGGUGGUCUCAUAUAUUUUCCCCACCUGAGCUGCCCAUAAGCAGGUGGAGACUACGCCUGUGUGUAACCUGUUUCUGCUCCUCCCGCUUCAGCCCUCUCCUGGUCCUGGGAGACAGUGGAGCAGGAGAAGGGUAGGGCAGCAGCAGGAGGAGGUGUGGAAGUCCUUGAGUCUCCACCUGUUCUUCACUCUCCAACCCUGCCUCUUUUGGCUGCUACAGGCUCCCCCAGAUCGGUGGCGGAGGAAGAGGGGUGCGGUGGGGGUGGUGCGCCCCAGGUGUCAUCCCUGAGGGGUGUGUGACAUUGCCGUGCCCCCAGAUGCUAGCCCCGCCCCAUGGACGGCUAGCCCCGCCUCCGGGUGCACAGCAUGCGCCCACAGAGCAGCUAGCUCCGCCUCUGCCCCAGAUCACUGAUUUAUUUUUCCAAGUCAGUGUCUAACCUCCCUUCUCCUGGUGACAACUUCGUAGCGUUCAGCCACCAGUCCCUGACAGAAUGGACAGACCCUCCAAGUGUCCAUAUUUUCAAGGGAUAGUCCCAGAUUUACACAAGCCAUCCCUGUUUCUGAUUUGAUCCUGGAAUGUCCCACUUUCCCUUAGGACGUCCUUAUUUUCAUCAGAGAAAUGUUGGAGGGUGUGGAGUUAUGCGACCCCCAAGCCAAGGAGAUAAGUUAUUAUUCAACCUUUAGAAGACAUCUGAAGGCAGCCCUGUACAGUGGUACCUCUGGUUACGUACUUAAUUCGUUCCGGAGGUCUGUUCUUAAGCUGAAACUGUUCUUAACCUGAAGCACCACUUUAGCUAAUGGGGCCUCCUGCUGCCGCCGUGCCGCCGGAGCACAAUUUCUGUUCUCAUCCUGAAGCAAAGUUCUUAACCCGAGGUACUAUUUCUGGGUUAGCGGAAUCUGUAACCUGAAGCGUAUGUAACCCGUGGUACCAGUGUAUUGAGAAGUUUUUUUUAAUGUUUAAUGUUUUGCCCAGAAUGGCUGGGGCAACCCAGUUAGAUGGGUGGAAUAAUAAUAAUAAUAAUAAUAAUAAUAAUAAUAAUAGAAUAGAAUAGGGUGUCCCUAUUUUCAUGUUGGAGGGUAUGCAGGUUAGCUACAGUUGCAGUGAGAAAAACUUAAUGGAGUAAAGGCAAAGCCAGGGGGUGUUAUUUCAAAGCAGGGAGAGCAGCCUUAAGAUUUGUCCCGGGUACUGGCAACCCACACUACACCACUGGUUCAAGGGCAUAGUCCAGCCGGGCAAAAGUAGUCAAGGGGAAGGUACAGAGCACAGGCAUGUGGGUUUGGCUUGGGGAAGGACCAUGAGAGAGUCCCAGAGGCUGUAGAGGGAGACAGGCCCAGGGGGCAGCAUUUGACCUCUGGGCCUGAGGGUUCCACACCUCUGCUUUUCCACCUUUCCUCCAAGAAGCUCAAGGUGCCAUAAGCUCAUACCGCUUGAGUCUUUUAAAGAAAGUAGUCCUUGUCCACUUGCAUAACGGGAAAUCUGUAAUUCUUAUUUAAUGUGUGUGACCACCUACAAUGGCUUGCAGCUGUAUGGGCGAUUGGCUAAUAAUAAUAAUAAUAAUAAUAAUAAUAAUAUUUAUACCCCGCGCAUCUGGCUGGGUUUCCCCAGCCACUCUGGGCAGCUCCCAACAAAAUAAACUCACUUCUCGCAGGGAGGGAACUGCCAGAAGGCCCUUGGAGCCGGACCUCAGUGUCUGGGCUGAACGAUGGGGGUGGAGACGCUCCUUCAGGUAUACUGGGCUGAGGCCGUUUAGGGCUUUAAAGGUCAGCACCAACACUUUGAAUUGUGCUCGGAAACGUACUGGGAGCCAAUGUAGGUCUUUCAAGACUGGUGUUAUGUGGUCUCGGUGGCCGCUCCCAGUCACCAGUCUAGCUGCCGCAUUCUGGAUUACAAGUUUCCGCUUGUAAAGUGUCUUGCUUAAGAGGGGAGGAAAGCUGUUGUUCUGUGACGGUUGAUCUCCAGUCACUGCUUUGUGGCUGUGCCAAUCAUCCACCCACCCACCUUGCAGUUGUUCAGGUUGUCAGAUGGAUUCUCAAAUGUGCUUGUGUAGGCCAAGCUGACCUAACCUUCCCCUUCCCCCACUUUAUUUGCAGACGUUGAAAAGAGGGUGGCAUUUGGGCAUUUUUUCCAAUGGGAGGCAGAUGAUGUACAGUGUCUGCACAUGCUACAUUAAGCGAGCGUGCUACCUGUGCUCCCGUGUACACAAAUAUUUGAGCCUGUUCACUUGUACAGUGCUUCACACGUAACAUCUGGUGGGUGUAUGAACUUUCAACCUGUGUACAAGCUGCACAAAUCAAUAUAAGCGGACGUUUCUUUCACACAACCACUGAUACACCAGUAGAGACAGCUUGUACUUGUGUUCAGUGUGAUGGCUGAACAAACCUCGUGUGUCAGUGUGUAUUGAUUGUAUUGAUCAGCUGUAGAGUACAGAGACUACACUUGUUGAACGUUAUAUGUGAAUAACUGUACAGUAGGGCCAGUGCGGGAUUUACCUAUAAGCUAAACAAGCUAUAGCUUAGGGCCCUACUCUCUUGCGGCCCCCCAAAAAAUUUAAAGGAAAAAAACAACUGGAUGUACAUUUCCAAAAUAUAAGAUAAAAAACAAAUAAAAUAAAACCUACAUACAGCAACAGUGUUUUGUGUUGUGUAGGCUCCUAUGACGUAAGUAAUGGGCCCCGCCUGCUAGCCUGCUCCCUAAAAUACCACUGGUUUGCUCAUUUCUAUAUAUAGGUGCCUACAUUCUGCAUGGACUGGUUGCAUGGCAACAUGUGCAAAUGGCUUUAGAUACCUAGUGGUGCUGUGGUCUAAACCACUGAUCUUAGGGCUUGCCGAUCGGAAGGUCAGUGGUUCGAAUCCCCACGAUGGGGUGAGCUCCCGUUGUUCGGUCUCUGCUCCUGCCCACCUAGCAGUUCGAAAGCAUGUCAAGUGCAAGUAGAUAAAUAGGUACCGCUCCGGCGGGAAGGUAAAUGGCGUUUCCAUGCACUGCUCUGGUUUGCCAGAAGCGGCUUAGGCAUUCUGGCCACAUGACCUGGAAGCUGUCUGUGGACAAACGCCGGCUCCCUCGGCCAAUAAAGCGAGAUGAGCGCCACAACUCCAGAGUCGUCCGCGACUGGAUCUAACAGUCAGGGGUACCUUUACCUUUACCUUAGGUCUAUAAAUUACCAUAUAGCAUAUAUUCAACACAAAAAAACAGUGAAAACUUGUUGUUGACAAAGGACAGCUGGACAUAUAAAGAGCCCCAUUACCUUCAGCAGCUUAGGGCCUCAUCAAACCUAAAUCCGGCCCUGAAUACGGCUCAACUAUCUGCAUGCACGGCUACUCAGCUCGUACACUUGCUGAAUGCACCAUGUCAACAGCUCUAUAGUGUUUUUCCCAAGGGAGGGGUUUCUUUUGAAGGGGUUGGAGGUGGGCGGGAAGAGUGGCAGCUGGAAAUAUUUCUGCUUGCCACCACCACUGCAGAACUGGGCUACAACGGACCUGUUGAGGAUCCGAACUCACCUCCUUCUGUUGGCUGCACAGGUCCAUCAGUGUACUUCUGAAACCCUUGUCUCCCCAAUAUUUGGAAUCUGCCGAUUUCCUCUGAAUCUGGAGCCUUGUUUCACUUCAUCUCAUCCCUCACCUCUUGUCCUGAGUCUCCUGUUUUAAUGGGGUUGUUCCAUUGCACAUUUUUUAAAUUACGGAUGUUUACAUUUUAAUAUUUUCAUGGGAUUGUUUUAAUGAUGAAUGUUUAUAUUUUCAUGUUUGCGCAGCUGGUUUUUGUACUUGUAGACUGCUUAGAAGCCUGGUAUCAAGUGGCGUAAAACGUAAAUGACAGCAACAAUUAAUAAUAAUAACUUUUCCAUUUUGAUUGACUUGAAUUAAUUUCAAAACGACUUCCUUAUUUAUUGCAGUAAGGAUAUUGAUUCUCUGCCUUUUUCGAUUGGGGGAGCCGUAAAACAGCUAAUUAAAUGUUUUAAAAAGCAGCAAUAAGAAGGUGACCAAUGGCUGCUGCUAUCCUUCUUGCAGGACCACGAAAAGCAGUAUGUGGGGUUUGCCACUCUCCCCAACCAGGUGCACCGGAAAUCUGUGAAGAAGGGCUUUGAUUUCACCCUCAUGGUGGCAGGUGAGACUCCCCAGCAGAACUACCAAGAGAGGGAGACCUCUGUGCUGAUCUAAGGAGGGUCUGUUGGGAUGGAGGUGGUCUUUCAGGUUUUCUCAGCCCAUUGGUUUAACAAUCAAUCCCUCCACCCAGGGCAUAGCUGUCAACUGUCCGUUAUUUGGCGGGAAAGUCCCUUAUCCCAGCGCCGUGUCCCGCUGCUGUCCCUUAUUGAUGAUGUCCCUUAAAUUUCCUAGGUUUCAAAGGAAGCAGCUCCUCUCCCUCCCUCCCUGCCGGCCAGGGAGGAGGGAGGCUCCAACUGUGUUGCUUGGCUGCGUUGCUCACCCAGUAAGGAGUCUAAGAACAACUGCGGGGUGGAACUUGCAUGCCUUGUGCCAAUCAAAUUAGCCGCGUUGCCUGGGGACUCGCCUUUGCUCAGUGCUUCCCAGCGGAGAGGUGAUGGUGGUUUUCCUUGCUGAAUCCCCUUUGCCGGGUUGCUGCACUGUGGGAACCACUGCUUGAGGCUUCGUUUGGCUGCUGGCUGGGCUUUCUGCCUUUGUCUCGGAGGGGCUCAGAAGUUGAACAUACCUGUGCUCUGAAAAUCCCUUAUUUUGGCUGCUGAUCCCUUAUUUUUGAGGUUGCUCAUCCCUUAUUUUCAAAUCUUUAAGUUGACAGCUAUGACCCAGGGAACUCUGGGAAUUAUAGCUCUGAGAGGGGAAUAGGGGACUCCUCACCACUCUUAGCAGCCUUAGGAAACCAACAGCUCCCAGGAUUCUUUGGGGGUAGCCAGGAUGGUACGAUCCUGCUUUAAAUGCAUAGUGUAGAUGGGGCCUGAGUAUAGUCCGCUUCUAGAGGCUCUCAGGGGUCACCCUCUGUGUGUCCUUGGCCAAAUCAAUGCCUUUGAAUCUUUCCCUGCUGAAAUAACAGCAUCUUAUGUGAGCAUUGUGAACAAGACAAACUAGAUUUGUGGCGAUGAGAUAUUGUGUCAAUCCAAGGACAGAGCAUUCUACAUGGAAACAUUUCCUGCUUGGGGGACGAUAAUCUACCUCCCUGGUGCCAUUCCUGAAGAGUAACAAAUGCAUAAUCUUGGAAUUUAGCAUGAAAACCUCUUGUCCAAGAUGUUCUUUUAACCUGGUAUUUGCGCCUGUCCCUUUUUAGGAGAGUCGGGCCUGGGUAAAUCUACUUUGGUAAACAGCUUGUUCCUGACAGACCUCUACAAAGACCGAAAACUUCUCAAUGCUGAAGGUAUUUGCCCGUGAUCAGACAGGCAACACCUCCGACCAGUAGGUGGUGCUGUUUCCUGCCGUUGCUGUCAGCUAGGAUUCUGUGUCUUGUCUUGCGGCUUGAAGUGCUAUAGCCCUGGCACAGAUUUGUAGCCACAGUGGAACCUAGGCUUGAGAAACUGGGAUCUGCUUCUAGCAUCAGUUGCUUGAAAUGUUGCCUCUUUGUUACUGAGCAGAGCAAUAAUAGUGUCUUCAACCAGUAGGUUAUGACUUGAUCAUGACCUGAUUUAAUGUGAGUAGCAACAGCAGCACUACCACCAUUUAAAUAUAUGGUAAAAAAUUAAGUGGGUCUGCAAAUGCAUGCUUUGGUUAAAGGUAGAUCCUAGAUCUGAAAAGGUUGAAGACUAUUGAUAUAGAUGCAUCAACCACAUGGAUGAUGUGGGAGCUAAUUCUACAAAGCCAAGCUAAGAAUGUUCAAAAGAAGGGGGGGGAGUUUCUGUGACUCUCCAGAUGUUCUAGAUAUAGGUAGGUAGCCGUGUUGGUCUGCCGUAGUCAAAACAAAACCAAAAAAAUAAAAUAAAUCCUUCCAGUAGCACCGCAGAGACCAGCUAAGUUUGUUAUUGGUAUGAGCUUUCGUGUGCAUGCACACCUCUAAGUUGGUCUCUAAGACCCUCCAGAUGUUGUUUGUUUCCAACUUCCAUCAGCUCCAACCAGCAUCAUCAAUGGUCAGGGGAUGAUGGGAGCUGAAGUCCCAACAACUACUGGAGGGGCACAGGUUUCCUUGAGAGUUCAAAGCUACCAGAACAAUUAUGAGUGUUAGAAUAGCCCUGCUGGGUCAAGCCAGUGGGCCAUCAGAUACUUAUAGGAAGCCCUCAAGCAAGGGCUUCCUCCUUUGCAGAAGCCAUGCUGGUUAUGCUCCAGCAAGGCUUGUUCUUCUAUAUGCUCCAUUAUUUUUUUCUUUAACAACCCUUUCCACCAGUUUUCCCUGGACAGACAUGAAGCUAAUCAACCUCACUGGAUCCCCUUUUUUGGGGUGGGUGGGUGGGUGGGAGGCAGGGGAAUCCCAUUUUGGGGAAGGAGAGGAGAGAAAGAAAGACCUGGCAACUAAUCAUAAAUAGUGAGGCCGAUUUGGAGGUAGGGGAGGGACCUCUCUGGCGCUAACCUCCGUUAUACUUUUCCUUCCAUCUUUGUAUAUCAAGAAAGAAUCAGUCAGACAGUAGAGAUUGUGAAACACACGGUGGACAUCGAGGAGAAGGGGGUGAAGUUGAAGUUAACAAUUGUCGACACGCCAGGGUUUGGAGAUGCUGUGAACAAUACUGAGUGGUGAGUCCUACCCCAACACCAGUUUGGUUACCUCUGCUGCAGGGGAAAUUGUGAGGCACGGUCUGGUUUCUCUCCAAUAGACUAUUUCCCCCUUUUCGUAUGCUAUUUGCAAUACCAGUGCAAACUGGCCUAUAAGAUAUGCAAAGAGGUUUAAGUGAUCAAUAAUAAUAAUAAUAAUAAUAAUAAUAAUAAUAAUAAUAAUAUUUUAUUUAUAUCCCGCCCUCCCCAGCCAAAGCCGGGCUCAGAGUGGCUAACAACAUUAAAAUGAUACAACAUUCUAAAAUCAUUUCAUUAUAAAAUCAAUUCAAAAUCAAUUCAAAUCAGAUUAAUGGCAACCAUUGGGCUAGAGUUCUGUGAGGAUUGCCAGAGGAGGGGGUCAGGCUGUGCCCUGGCCAAAGGCCUGGUGGAACAGCUCUGUCUUGCAGGCCCUGCGGAAAGAUGUCAAGUCCCGCAGGGCCCUAGUCUCUUGUGACAGAGCGUUCCACCAGAUCGGAGCCACAGCCGAAAAAGCCCUGGCUCUGGUUGAGGCCAGCCUAACCUCUCUGUGGCGCGGGACCUCCAAAAUGAUUUUGUUUGAAGACUGUAAGGUCCUCUGUGGGACAUACCAGGAGAGGCGGUCCUGUGGGUACAAGGGUCCUAGGCCGCAUAGGGCUUUAAAGGUUAAAACCAGCACCUUAAACCUGAUCCUGUACUCCACCGGGAGCCAGUGCAGCUGGUAUAGCACCAGGUAAAUGUGAUCUCGCAGCGAGGACCCCGUAAGGAGUCUCGCUGUGGCAUUCUGCACCCGCUGGAGUUUCUGGGUCAGUCUCAAGGGCAGCCCCACAUAGAGCAAAGCAAAGCACUUUGCAUAUCUUCUCAGUAGCCCUUUCAGCAGCUCUGUGAAAGCUGAAAGAAAUAACAUACACCUGUAAUAUUACCCCCCAUGUUUACAUUUUAGUGCAAAAACUCAAAACCUCCUUGAAUUUGCUUUCAUGGAAGGUAAUUAUUUUCUUGACAACGCUGUAUAAGGGGCAACCUGUUUCCCCAGAAUUUGUUUCUAUAUGGAACUGCAAUUCUUGCUCUUAGAUAAGUUAUUUUUGCUAUCACGGUCCAGUCCCAAACUGUUGUUCCCAAGAAGGGAGUAACAUAACGUUCCAGUUUUGAGCCAUUAACAUCCUUGCAGUUGUCGACAGACAGGAUGCAAAUUCUUUAUGUUCUUUCUCUAUGAUAGGCAAUAUUUAGUUCAGCGAUUUCUACACUGGAUCUAAGGGAUCUCUCUUCUGUUAAUGUGUGUUAUCCUCUGUCCCCAAGUACCAUCUAACUGAUGUCCCAUUGCCAUCUUUUCCUUGUGACUUGCUCUAGUUGGAAGGCCAUCACGGAUUACAUUGACCAGCAGUUCGAACAGUACUUCCGGGAUGAGAGCGGCCUCAAUCGGAAGAACAUCCAGGACAACCGGGUGCACUGCUGCCUCUACUUCAUCUCUCCCUUUGGCCAUGGGUAAGGUGGUAUGGGCUUGUUCCUUUAUCUGCCUUGCAUACCCUGGAGCCAGUGUAGCGUAGUGGUUAGAGUGCGGGACUAGCACCCUGGAGACAUGAGUUCAAGUCCUCAUUCAGCCAUGAAACCCCAGUGACCUUGGGCCAUUCACCUUCUCUUGGCCUUAACCUACAUUUCAGGGUUGUUAUGAGGGUAAAAUCCACAUUGAGCUUCUUGGAGGAACAGUGGGAUGCAAAUGUAACACAGUGGUCCCUUGGGUUAAGUACUUAAUUCGCUCUGGAGGUCCGUUCUUAACCUGAAACCGUUCUUAACCUGAAGCACCACUUUAGCUAAUGGGGCCUCCCGCUGCCGCCACGCUGCCACCAUGUGAUUUCUGUUCUCAUCCUGAGGUAAAGUUCUUAACCCGAGGUACUACUUCCGGGUUAGCGGAGUCUGUAACCUGAAGUGUUUGUAACCCGAGGUGUUUGUAACCCGAGGUACCACUGUAAUGGAAAAUGUAAGGAUGAAUAUUCAAUAUGGCAUCAGGUGAAGGGCAGAUGGGUGUGGCUUGACCCAAAUGGGCUUGUGGGUCAAAUGGGAGAGACCUGAUGAGCCUUAUUAGACCCAUGGGAUGAAGGUUCCUUACCCCUGAUAUAAGACAGUAAGAGCCACAGGGCAUUGGUGCCAUCAGUACUGGACUUUAAGGCAGACUGGAAGUCUGCCACUCCACAGAAUGACCAGGAGGGGCUCCCAGACGCAACGGGACCGGAUUGCUACAUUUUAAAAUAAGCACACACAUUACGAUCUGAAGAGGAAGCAGGAAGUUCCCCACAAAGCCAUUAAGCUUAGAGUCUAAUAUUUCCAAGCUGCCCUUCUAGGAAAAGGGACUUGUUAUAAGAGGAAGUCCUGUCCUUUUUUUUUUUUUUUGGCAGAAAGUUCCCCUUGCUAGCGUGCAGGGAAAAAUAGAGAUUGCUUGCCUUCUAACGCCACAUUUCUUUGUUGCAGGCUGAGGCCGGUAGACGUGGAGUUCAUGAAAGCUCUGCAUGAAAAAGUGAACAUUGUUCCCCUUAUUGCCAAAGCCGACUGCCUCAUUCCUUCUGAGAUCAAGAAGCUAAAAGAGCGGGUGAGCAGUGGUAGUGCUGAUUCAUUCAUUCAUUUGUUUUGAAGAUUUAUACCAUUCUUCCUCAACCUGGCGCCUUCCUAGAUUUUUGGACUACAACUCCCAUCUGCCCCAGCCAGCAUACCUGGGUGUAUACAUACCACUACUACUACUACUACUAAUUUAUUCAUACCCCACCCAUCUGGCUGGGCUUCCCCAGCCACUGUGGGCGGCUUCCAACAAAAUAUUAAAAUACAGUAAUGCAUCAAACAUUAAAAGCUUCCCUAAAUAGGGCUGCCUUCAGAUGUCUUCUAAAAAUCUGGUAGUUGUUGUUCUCUUUGACAUCUGGUGGGAGGGCGUUCCACAGAGCGGGUGCCACUACCGAGAAGGCCCUCUGCCUGGUUCCCUGUAACUUGGCUUCUUGCAGUGAGGGAACCACCAGAAGGCCGUUGGUGCUGGACCUCAGUGUCCGGGUAGAACAAUGGGGGUGGAGACGCUCCUUCAGAUAUACUGGGCCGAGGCCAUUUAGGGCUUUAAAGGUCAGCACCAACACUUUGAAUUGUGCUCGGAAAUGUACUGGGAGCCAAUGUAGGUCUUUCAAGACCAGUGUUAUGUGGUCUCGGCGGCCACUCCCAGUCACCAGUCUAGCUGCCACAUUCUGGAUUAGUUGUAGUUUCCGGGUCACCUUCAAAGGUAGCCCCACAUAGAGCGCAUUGCAGUAGUCCAAGCGAGAGAUAACCAGAGCAUGCACCACUCUGGUGACGCAGUCCGCGGGCAGAUAGGGUCUCAGCCUGCAUACCAGAUGGAGCUGGUAAACAGCUGCCCUGGACACAGAAUUGACCUGCGCCUCAAUGGACAUCUGUGAGUCCAGAAUGACUCCCAGGCUGUGCAACUGGUCCUUCAGGGGCACAGUUACCCCAUUCAGGACCAGGGAGUCCUCCACACCCGCCCGCCUCCUGUCCCCCAAAAACAGUACUUCUGUCUUGUCAGGAUUCAACCUCAAUCUGUUAGCCGCCAUCCAUCCUCCAGCUGCCUCCAGGCACUCACACAGGACCUUCACUGCCUUCACUGGUUCUGAUUUGAAAGAUAGGUAGAACUGGGUAUCAUCCGCAUAUUGAUGGACACCCAGCCCAACCCCCCUGAUGUUCUCUCCCAGCGGCUGCACGUAGAUGUUGAAAAGCAUGGGGGAGGGGACAGAACAUAUUGAAAACGUUUUGGAAGUCAAAUGGACUUCCGGAACGGAUUCCAUUUGGCUUCCAAGGUACGACUGUAUACACAAUAAAUUGACAUGCCUGAAUAGGCUUGCUUAAACAAAGCACCAUUUUAACAGUCACCAAAAAUAAUAUAAUAAUCUAAAGUCAUUGGGCAGGGAGUUCCACAGAGGAGGUGCUGCCACACCGAAGGAUCGACAGUUUACAAGUGUGGAACCAACAUUACGUAGCUCUUGUGAAAGUGUCAGUUCUAUAGAUCGAAGCAGUCAAGCGGGCACUUGUGGAGUAAGGCAGUUCAAGUAAACUGGUCCCAAGCUGUUGAGGACUUGACAUACUUAAUAUAGAUGUAGCCAGUGUGGUGCCCUCUACAUAUACUACAACUCCCAUCAGCCCCAGUCAGUGUGGCCAACCAUCAGGUAAGAUGGCAGUAGUAGCCUAUGACAUUUGUACUAAAUGUUGACGACCCUUGUACUAAAUGGUGACACCUUGAAUUUAGCCCAGAACAGUGGGAGGGCACCGGGUUGGGGAAGGCUGGCUUGUAGCUCGCCUUUCAGUCAUGUGAUUCUCAAAGCAGCUUGCAAGAAACCAGUUGUAACAAUGCUCUGAUGUAGGGAUGAGGGUGUGCUUCCUUUUUGGCCCACACUAAAUAAUACUGGGCUCAUUGGUCCAUAGCUGUCAACCGUCCCUUGUUUGGUGGGAAACUCCCUUAUCCCAGCGCCGUGUCCCGCUGCUGUCCCUUAUUGAUGAUGUCCCUCAAAUUUCCCGGGUUUCAUGCUCACCCGGCUUGGGAGGGAAGCAGCAGCUCAGGGUCCUCCGCCGCGCGAGAGUGCCCGUGCUGGCACCGUCGUCCUGGCGUGAGGAGUUCCAUCGGCCCUUCCCCGCCCGAGAGAGGGGGGGAGGGAGAGAGACUCUCGCCCACGGGCCUGGAGGUGGCAGUGGUGGCAGCUGAGGAGGUGGCCUGAGGGAGGAGGAAGAGGAAGGGAUAGGGAGGGACGCAGAAGGGCGGCGCUUCAGCGGCCACGGUGAUGCCACGACUGCCUCAUGCCGGAUUGACAGCAUCUGUCAAUCCUACCAAUGUAUGUAACUCUUUACAAUAGCAAAAUCCCUUAAUUUGGCUGCUGAUCCCUUAUUUUCGAGGCUGCUGGUCUCUUAUUUUCAAAUCUGUAAGUUGACAGCUAUGCGUUGGUCUGAUGUGGGGGAAAGCAAGUGGUGUGUGGCCCCUGGAAGAUUGCCCCAAAGGGAAUGUGGCCCUUGGACUGGAAAAGUUUCCCUACUCCUGCUUUAAAGGUUUCUCUUUAUGGCACCAGCCAAGUAUUAUGUUGUAAUGUGAGUGUUCUUCCUGUUUUCUCCUUCCUGGAUAUUCCUGUGCAGAUCAGGGAGGAGAUCGACAAGUUUGGAAUUAAAGUUUACCAGUUUCCUGAGUGCGAUUCUGACGAAGACGAGGACUUCAAACAACAAGACAGAGAGCUGAAGGUGAGGAAGGGGCAAAAAUAUUUCCCAUAAUACUUGGUCAUGGUUAGGGAUGAGACAACCUGUCAAUUUGGGGUUGUUUCAGCUUUUCAUUUUGUCUGUCUUAAGUUUCCCGCAUUUUCACAUCAGUUUGCAAUUUUAUCGUAAUGAAAAUUCACCAGCAUUUUAGUGCAAAUGUUUCUGUACGGUUGCGAAUUACUCGGGAUGCGGCCGGACCUCCGGAACGGAUCCUGUUCGCAACCGGAGUUACCACUGUACCCGUGUAGCUGAGUCUUUAAAAGCCUGGGACGCAAAUUUUCACAGCCCUCUAGCAGUUAUGCUGGCUCAUUUACCAGAAGUAAUAAUGUGUUUAAUAUUAACCCUGGAAGUGUAUACUUGAUUCUGAGCCAACUAAACUUCCUAGAGCAAAAUAUACAUUAAGAGGCUUAGUUUGGUCAGAAUUGAGUAUACACUUUCAGAGUUAACACUAACACAUUACUUCCACCAUAGCCACUAGAGGGCCGUGAAAAUUUGUUAAGUGUGCAUUAGUUAAGUACUGUCUUUUUUGGUGUAUAACACACCCAUGUGUAUAAGACGGCCCCUAUUUUUGGGGACUACAAAUUAAGGAAUUAAGGGGGGGGAGAUUGCCCAGAGUUGUUGAGCUUUUUUAUGGGGGGGGGAUUGCCGCCAAUGCCAAUCGCCUGCCGAAGCCACCAAUCGUCUGCCCGCUUGCCACCAGCUGCCGCCAAUUGCCCAUCCAAUUGCCGCAGCAGCAGCCAAUUGCCAGCAGGCCUUGACACAGCCACCAAUCACUCGCCCAAUCGCCACUGACAAUCUCCUGCUCAUGGCUGCCACCAAUCGCCCGUUCCCCCUCUGUACUAUCCAUUUAUAAGCCGAACCUCAGUUUUUAACAUUUAUUUAUAAUUAAAAAACCCUCGUCUUAUACACGGAAAAAUACAGUAUGUGUUGAAUCACAAAAUAUGAAUUUGGACACAAAUGUUAUCGUGUAAUACCCACACUUGAUGUGUGAACAUGGUCCUGUCCCUCCUUCAGCAUGUCAGGCAAACAUCUAAAGCAAUAUGGACCACAUCUGCCCGUCCAGAUGUUAUUGGACUCCCAGACCCAUCACUCCCAACCGAAACGGCCAGGGGUUGGAGCUGAUGGGAAUUGUUGAACCCUGGGCCAAGAAAACUGAGGAAUCCCUCACUCUGCUUCCUUAAAUCUUCUUUUCUUCCACUGGUCUUCUCCAACUGCUCUGAUCUCUAGCUUCUUUCUGGGUCCAUGUCUGACCAUGUCCAAUAAACCCUGAAAUUAUCUCUCCUCCCAUUCCAGGAAAGUGCUCCCUUCGCAGUCAUCGGCAGCAACACGGUGGUGGAGGCCAAAGGUCAGAGGGUACGAGGGCGGCUCUACCCUUGGGGAAUCGUGGAAGGUGAGCCAUGUUCCUGGGAAGCGAGAUGGCAGUCCUGGACGCUGGGUCUCCUAAAAGCUGUUUGGCCCUCCUAGCUAAAUGGAACCUUCUGGUUCAGGGGCAUUCUACCUCCGAGUGCCAACCCAGAGCAGAAAGCCCAUGCCUCAGUUAUUUAUACUAUUUAAUUCUACUCUGAUUUCUGCUAUUAGCAGUCCCCCAUGGACCAGAAGCACGACUCAUGUCAACGAGGAGUUGUGUUUUCAGUGUGGUGGGUCCAGCGUUAUGGAACUAUUAGAAGUCAGACAUUCGCUGCCUCUCACGGUGCCAUCUCUGCAGGGCACCCACAAAAAAAUUCAACGGGCCCCCUCAAUGUUCCACAGCUGGGCGGGCUCCAGCCGUGGGAGCCAAUUGCAGGCGGCCGUGGGUGAUUGGACACCCACAAGAAUAUAAUUCUGGGGGCUGGGCACCCACAGAGUCAAUGAGAAGGCAUCCACACUCUGCAGCCAGCCAGCGAGGCACCCUUUUAUGGGUGUGUGUGUGUGAGACAUGGAGGCAGCGUCUCUCUGAGCCCUUCCCUGCAGAAAUAGGGUGCCUCACUGACUGCGGAGAAGAGCCACCACCGGCCAGCACAACACGGAUGUGUGAUGUCACACGCACAUGUAAUACAGUCAUACCACGGGUUACAGAUGCUUUGGGUUGCGCAAUUUCAGGUUGCGCACUGCGCCGAACCCGGAAGUACCGAAAUGCUAAAUUGUCCUUUGUGCAUGCGCAGAAGCACUAAAUCGCGCUUUGCAUUUGUGCAGAAGCGCCAAAUUGCGACCCGAGUGUGCGCAGACACAGCGCUGUGGGUUGCAAACGUGCUUCCCUCACGGAUCUGAGCGUCCACUGUAAUGUUAAUAUAAUAAUUUAUUACUUAUACCCCUCCCAUCUGGCUGGGUUUCCCCGGACACUCUGGGCGGCUCGCAACAGAAUAUUAAAAACACGACAAAACUUCAAACAUUAGAAACUUCCCUAAACAGGGCUGCCUUCAGAUGUCUUCUAAAAGUCUAGUAGUUGUUUUCCCCUUUGACAUCUGGUGGGAGGGCGUUCCACAGGGCGGGUGCCACCACUGAGAAGGCCCUCUGCCUGGUUCCCUGUAACUUUGCUUCUCACAGUGAGGGAACUGCCAGAAGGCCCUUGGAGCUAGACCUCAGUGUCCAGCAUGUGCAGGUUUGCGCAUGUGACGUCACACAUCUGCGUUAUGGCAGCGGGCACCCACAAUCCUGAGGGCGAGGUGGUACCCUUGGCUCUAGCGGACCCUACUCUGACUGCAGUGAGCUCUGAUGGGCCCUCCCGCUGCAGGUGAGGCUCUGUUGGAACCUGUGGCAGCAGUGGUAGGGCCUGAUGGAGCCUGUCGCAGUUGCAACAGGCCCUGACAGACCUUUCGGAGGGUGCGUCGGGGCUCCUACCAGUCAUGCCCACGCAUUGGGCACCCGCAAUGUUGGGAAGAACCCAGCACACCUGCUGCCUCUGGUAGGUUUCAGGCACCAGGUGAAAGCAGUUUUAUUUCAGGAGACCUUUGCACCACCACAAAUGCUGUUUUAUUCUCCCGGUGUUUUAAUUCAUGUUCUAAAUUUUGUAUAUCGUAUAUUUUUGUUUUUGCAAGGAGAUUUAGGACCCAGGUGUGGUGAAGAGCAGGGUAUAUAUAUAUAUAUAAUUAAAACAAAUAAAUGAAAUAAUACUCUGCUUUUCCUCCCCUCCAACGGGGGCACUCAAAGCAGCUAACGAAACCCAGCAAACAAUUAAGCAAGUAACGGCAACAAGCGCGUAACAACCACAGCGCUAAAAGCAUGAUAUAAAUACGGUGGUACCUCAGGUUACAUACGCUUCAGGUUACAGACUCUGCCUACCCUGAAAUAGUGCUUCAGGUUAAGAACUUUGCUUCAGGAUGAGAACAGAAAUCGUGCUCCAGUGGUGCAGCGCCAGCAAGAGGCCCCAUUAGCUAAAGUGGUGCUUCAGGUUAAGAACAGUUUCAGGUUAAGAAUGGACCUCUGGAACGAAUUAAGUACUUAACCUGAGGUACCACUGUAACACGAUAUGCUAAAAUGGCAAGCAGCAUCAAUGGAAUUCAGAGAGCCAAUGGUCAAAAAAUUCAGAACGUGCUUGCUGGGGAAGCUUUUAAAACAAUCUCCCCCAACCUCUAGAUCAGAGUCGUCCAAUUAAAUAUAUUAAUUGUGUGAAUUAAAUAGUAUUAACUAUAUUGCAAACUCUUUCAUUUAUGAUGUGAGAAUUAAAUUCAGUGCGCGGCCCGCAGGUUCUGUGUCAAAGUACUCUUGCGGCCCGCGUGGUCAGAAAGGUUGGACUGCCCUGCUGUAGAUGCUGUGGACUCCAGCUCCCAUGAGCCUCAGCCACCAUGGCCAGUAGAGAGAGAUGAUGGGAACUGUAGUCCAACAACACCUGAGGGGCCAGAUCUCUCCCCACCCCCCUGCUUCAGAGGCCUCUUGCAGGCUAGUGUUGGAGCAUAACCCUGGGCCGUAUUGUAAUCUGAUGAGGCCAUGUGUAUGUUCCCAAUCUCUAACAGAGGGGAUGUGGAACAAUGCCAUCUCGACUAAUUGGAGACUUAGCAAUUUGUGAGGAUGCGAAGCUCAUGAUUGGACCUGUGGCGGCAGUGGCUCCUUUGGUGACUUCCACUGGUGUCUGCAAAGUGCCUCAUCUGCCCUAAUAAUAAUAAUAAUAAUAAUAAUAAUUUAUUUAUACCCCGCCCAUCUCGCUGGGCUUCCCCAGCCACUCUGGGCGACUUUCAACAAAAUAUUAAAAUACAGUAAUGCAUCAAACAUUAAAAGCUUCCCUAAACAGGGACCAGCCUCCACACACACAAACGCACAUGCACACAUGCGUCGUAUGCAAUUAAAAAAGCCACAUCCCCUUGAAAUUGCGUAUUUCUUUUCAUGGGUUCCCCUAGGCAUGUCAGAGGAAUGUGUCUGAAAUGAGCUAACCGGUGGAUUUCCUUCCACCACAGCUUAGCUGUGCUUGUCACAUUUAUUCUCUAACACAGUUCCUUUUACAGUCAGACACAUUAGUGUGUGUGUGUGUGUGUGUGUGUGUGUGUGUGUUUGAAAUAACUGAAUACGGUUAGGAUGUAAAGGGGGAUUCUGGUGCAUACAUUCCCCUCCUUACCCGAGAUUUGUUUCUUUGUUGCUGUCUGCCAAACAAUGUCUGUUGUUGCUGCUUCCUCAGUGGAAAACCAGGCGCACUGUGACUUUGUGAAACUGCGGAACAUGCUGAUCCGAACGCACAUGCACGACCUGAAGGACGUCACCUGCGACGUUCACUACGAGAACUAUCGGGCGCAGUGCAUCCAGCAGAUGACCAGGUAGGGUCCACCUGAGGUUCUGCUCCCUCAAGGGAUGAAUGCGUCUGUGUGAAUCAGCCCUUAGAGCCAUAGCUGUCAACCAUCCCUUAUUCGGUGGGAAACUCCCUUAUCCCAGCGCCGUGUCCUGCUGCUGUCCCUUAUUGAUGAUGUCCCUUAAAUUUCCCGGGUUUCAAAGGAAGCAGCUCCUCUCCCUCCCUCCCUGCCGGCCAGGGCGGAGGGAGGCUCCAACUGUGUUGCUUGGCUGUGUUGCUCACCCAAUAAGGAGUCUAAGAACGACUGGGGGGUGGAGCUUGCAUGCCUUGUGCCGAUCAAAUCGGCCGUGUUGCCUGGGGACUCGCCUUUGCUCAGCGCUUCCUAGCGGAGAGGUGACGGUGGUUUUCCUUGCCGCACCCCUUUGCCGGUUUGCUGCUCUGUGGGAACCACCACUUGAGGCUUCGUUUGGCUCCUGGGCUGGCUGGGCUUUCUGCCUUUGGCUCGGGAGCUGGUUGACUAAAAUCCCUUAUUUUGGCUGCUGGUUCCUUAUUUUCGAGGCUGCUGGUCCCUUAUUGUCAAAUCUGUAAGUUGACAGCUAUGCUUAGAGCUGUUGUUGUUGUGUGGCAAACGUCUUCUGAAAGCGGGAUGAUUUCUCUUCUGAAAAUGUGACAUGCAACAUUUCAGCGAAGGGCCAUAGCUCAGUGGUGGAGCCUCUAUUUCUCUUUAAUUCAGCCCUUUACUUAAAAACAUGAGGACUAGAAUCUUUAUUUCUUCUUUGUUGUUACCAGCCAUUUGCCUCGGAUUGAGUUUCUUUUUUACAAAGUAAUAAUCAUAAAUAAAUAAGAAAAAAAAUGUGCACCCCACCACCGAGACCAUUCCAUUGUAACUACCCAACCUCCCAAAAUUUUAACACCUCUGGUGAUGGUUUGACCCCUUUCUGUUUUAACAGUACAAAUUCUACAAACAGCCUCCAUAUCUCCUCAAAAUCAUUUCUCCUGCAUGUUCCCUGCCUUACCUUAAUGGCACAUGUGAAUUUAUCAUUCAUAGCUAUAUCCCACACCUCUUUAUGUCAUUCUUCCAUUUUAUAUUCUGCUUGCCCCUUCCACUUCCUGGCUAUAAUAAUUUGUGCAGCUGUCAAUAAAUUUGUGAGCAAGUCCUCCAUAGCCUGCGAACCUUCCACCCCAUCAUAAAUUGAUAAUAAUGCUACUGCUGAACAUUUGGUCAGCUUUAACCCAGUGAUUUCUGUUAUCUCCUUAAACCAGAUUGAGAUUUAAAGUUGAUGGUUGGCUGGAUGAGUGAAUCAACUAUAUAUUUUGGAAAACUGUUCAUUUGUUCACUAUGCAUUUGGGCAUAAACCACAGAAGGUUGGCAGUUCGAAUCCCCACGACAGGGUGAGCUCCUGUUGCUCAGUCCCAGCUCCUGCCAACCUAGCAGUUCGAAAGCACGUAAAAGUGCAAGUAGAUAAAUAGGUACCACUGCUGCAGGAAGGUAAAUGGUGUUUCCGUGCGCUGCUCUGGUUUGCCAGAAGUGGCUUAGUCAUGCUGGCCACAUGACCCGGAAGCUGGACGCCGGCUCCCUUGGCCAGUAAAGCAAGAUGAGCGCCGCAACCCCAGAGUCGGUCACGACUGGACCGACCUAAUGGUCAGGGGUCCCUUUACCUUUACCUGUAACUAAAUCUUGCAUGGUGGCACUUGAAAUCAAGGAGCAGGCUUCCAUCCAUGUUUGGACACAAUCGGACACCAUUUUGAAUCAAUAUGGUGGACUGAACCUUUCAAGCCUGCACUGUUUUCAACCAAAUUUUGCAUGGCGGUUCCUGAAAUUAUGGAGAAGGUUUUCUUCAAAACUCCCCCCCCCCCCCAAUGUUUUGAUACAAUGGGACACUAGUUUGAAUCAAGAUGGCAGACUGAACCUUUUAAAAAUUGCACUGAUUUUAACCACAUAUUUAAACUUUGCACUGAUUUUCUGUUGUUGCGCUUAGAGCUCCCAAGCAACAGCAGGUCCAAGAUUGUUGGUGAAUGAAUGGAUAAAUGUUGCAGGGGGACAUUCUUCUUUUCUGGGAUGGUAGUGGGAAAAAGAAAUUUUGUUAGAAGGGUGUCUUCUGAGAACUUUUGACUCGUCACUACUGCCAUAAAGCAACCUCCUGGAUUGGAGAGUUAAUGAAACCCACCUUAAUUCCCUCUCCCUUUUUCUCCUGCUUAUGUUUUUAGCAAGCUGACUCAGGAUAACAGGAUAGAGAGCCCCAUUCCGAUUUUGCCGCUCCCAACACCGGAUGCGGAAACGGAGAAGCUGAUCAAGAUGAAAGAUGAAGAGGCAAGGAGGCAUUUCGCUAUUGGUCUCUCUUGAGACAUCACCCAAGCUAGCUAUCUUCUUCUUGAAUUUGGAGCUGUUUGGGUGUGUGUGGUAGUUUUGUCGUGUGCUGGUGUGCUUUGCCAUUGUUAUAAGGAAUUUCUGGAAGGCGGCGUUCUGUCCUGGAUCUUAGGGAAGUUUUUAUGUCUGAUGUUUUGUCGUUGUUGCUGUUGUUGUUGUUAUCAUCAUCAUCAUCAUCGUCAUCAUCAUCAAUUCUCUUGGGAGCUGCCCAGAGUGGCUGGGGAAACCCAGCCAGAUGGGUGGGGUAUAAAUUAAUUAUUAUGAUGAUGAUGAUUAGGCAAGCCAACUGAAAAAUCACUUUUUUUGGCGUUUUUGUAAAAAACAAAACAAAACCCUCAACAAUCUUGGUGGUCCCCUAAAGAAAAGCUCAACCAUUUUGGGGUCUUCCUAAAAAAAGGCUGAACAACUUUUCGGGUGUCUUGGUUUUUACUUUUUCAAAUAUGGCAACCCUACCAUUGUUUACUCUCAUCUUGAAAAAGGAUCAAGUGUCGUGCUGGAUCAGGCCAGCGGACCUUCUGGUCCAGCACCCUGGCUUAUCAAUUAACCCAAAGCAUAUUUGCGUACUUAGGAAAGUAUAUUAAGGGAAAAAAGAGGAGAAGAAGAAGAAAACCUCACUCAUAUUAAGUCUUCAGAACUUCCACAGUCUUUGGUGUUGGUAAUAAGUGUGUGUCGUUUUGUCAUCAGUGACAGCACAGGCACUGUCCAAUAGGUGCAAUCCCAAAGUCAACUGUUUUUGAAGAAGGCUAACAUUUAACCGGAAUGACACAGGUGGUGCUGUGGGUUAAACCACAGAGCCUAGGACUUGCCAAUCAGAAGGUCGGCGGUUCGAAUCCCCGUGAUGGGGUGAGCUCCCGUUGCUCGGUCCCUGCUCCUGCCAACCUAGCAGUUCGAAAGCACGUCAAAGUGCAAGUAGAUAAAUAGGUACCGCUAUGGCGGGAAGGUAAACAGUGUUUCCGUCUGCUGCUCUGGUUUGCCAGAAGCGGCUUUGUCAUGCUAGCCACAUGACCCGGAAGCUGUACGCCGGCUCCCUCGGCCAAUAAAGCGAGAUGAGUGCCGCAACCCCAGAAUCGGUCACGACUAGACCUAAUGGUCAGGGGUCCCUUUACCUUUACCUUAACAUUUAACCAGCAGCCUCCAAUAGCAAUGUAAACACCAGGUUCCCAUCAGUCAAAAUGAGAGUGGUGCGUGUUCAUGUCUCUAGGUAAGAGUGGACUUUUGUGCUGCUUGAAAGUGCAAAUUUUCCAUUGUUGGCAGUGUAAGUACUCAGAGUCAGAUGUUGAAGGUCUUAUUCCUUACUCCACUGCACAAGUUCAGCAACACCAUUUUCUUUUAGGACUCAGGGGCUUGUACUAUAGCACUGAAGACUACAAAGCCCAUGAUGCAGUGUAGAAAUAUAAUCGGCCUUGAAAUGGGGGGCAGCCUGGCGGCGGGGGUGGGGUGGGGGAGAGAAUAUUGCUGGAAAAGUGGAAUACCAAUGUUUCAAAUAAACAGCGUAACCUCUCCCCCCUCCCUCUCUUUUCUUCCUACAGUUGCGUAGAAUGCAAGAGAUGCUGCAGAAAAUGAAACAGCAGAUGCAAGACCAGUGAAAAAAG